AUGUUCAAGCUAGCAUUCCAGCGCCCUAUAGUGGCACGUUCCGCUGCGCUACGCGCGAUAAGAUUCCAGUCCAACGUAGCCCCACUAAACUCGCUCCAAGACUUCCAGAAAGCCGUGUCCAACAAGAGUCUCAGUGUCAUCGAUUUCUACGCUACGUGGUGUGGACCCUGCAAAGCCAUGGCGCCGCAUUUCGAGAAGCUCAGCGACAAAUACCCAGACGUGGAUUUCUACCGUGUGGACGUCGAUGGAGCGCCAGACGUGGCCGGAUACUGCGGUGUCAGCGCGAUGCCCACUUUUCUGCUGGCCAAGGAGAGCCAGACCGUGGGCAAAAUCGUGGGCGCAGACGUCAGAGGCCUGACACAGGCUAUUGAGGAUCUCAAGAACUAA